AUGUCAGACUCGGAACAGAAACAUGCUUUUGAUGCAGUCGACGCCGAAGCACCUCACCAAGCCCCCCUCAAGCCAAAAUGGAAUCGCUCACCCAUCUACAACGCGACGAUUCUAGGUCUCUGCAGCUUCGCAGCCCCCGGCCUAUGGAGCGCAAUGAACUCUCUUGGCGCAGGCGGUGCUCAGAAACCCUACCUCGUCAACACCGGCAACGCGCUCACCUUCUGUUUGAUGAUCAUUUCCUGCUGGUUCACAAGCGGCAUCGUCAAGUACAUCGGCAUCAAAGGCGCACUCAUCAUCGGCACUGUCGGUUUUGCACCCUACAGUGCAGGUCUGUACUUGAACAAUCGAUAUGGCGUUGAGUGGCUUGUCAUCUUCGGCGCAGCCUGUUGUGGUGUUUCUGCAGGGAUAUUUUGGUCGGCCGAGGCGGCGAUUGCCAUCGGAUACCCCGAACCGCGAAAUAGAGGCCGCAUGGUUGCAUAUUGGCUCUCCUUUACAAGAUUCAGCCAAGUCAUGGGUGGUGCGAUCAAUCUCGGUCUAAACGUCGACCAGAAUGAGGCUGGCAAGGUCUCAUACAAGGUUUACCUCAUCUUCAUCGCUCUUCAGGCUUUGGGCCCUUUCAUCGCAUGUCUCUUGAACAAGCCCUCACAAGUACAGCGAUCCGACGGUCGACAGGUUGACAUGAGCAUUCAUGAUCACCCGUGGAAAGAGUUCAAAGCCACGACACGAACAUUCCUCAAAAAAGACUUUCUACUACUGAUCUUGUGGAUUGGUCAAGGUGUCUACUCCGAAUCUGUCUUUUUCACCUACAUCGCUCUCUGGUUCAGCGUGCGAGCUCGGGCUCUGGGAUCUUUCAUCUCUGGUAUAGUUGCGGUCAUCAUAAGUAACUUACUGGGAGUGUGGCUUGAUCAGAACCAAGUUUCUCUCAAGAAGCGCGCACGAUGGGCAUAUGUCGUUAUCAUGGCUCUACAAGGAGGUUGGUGGAUAUGGUUGACAGUCAAUGUUACCAAGUUCAAUCGUGAAGGGGCGCUCUACGACUGGGCCGACCCUGGGUUUGGAGCCGCAUUUGGAGUUUUCGUCUUUCUUGUCACUGGGUUCCAGCUAAACUACAAUUUUGCCUUUUUCAUCAUCGGAGAAAUCUCGACAAGCUCUCAAGAGACAGUACGUCUAUCAGCACUGCUGCGAGGCACGGAAUCGGCAUGGCAAGCUCUCAGCUAUGGACUAAAUGCGCUGCCCAUCAUGGCGACUGUUGGCAGCACGUAUGUCAAUUUUGGGCUUUGGGCUCUUGCAAUUUUCCCGGCAUGGUUGGUCAUCAGAGAGGUGGGUACAAGUGAGAGGCAAGUUGGUGCUUCGGAGGCGGCUGGAACGAGCGAAAAGACAUGA